UUUUUUUUUUUUUGUGUAUCUAUUUCCCUUUACCCUUGUGAAUUGGGCUCUCUUCGUCUCCCUCUCUCUUUGUCCGAGUAAGAUACUGAAUAUAAAUACUCACUCUCGACUCUGUGACCCUUGGCAAAACAAAAAAGAACGAACUUUGAGAGAAGCCCUUUUGUGCUCUCUUUUACAAAUCCCUAGAUUAGGUUAGUCUCUAAUCUCUUGUACAUCGUUUCGUCUUCCAUCCUUGUCACGUUUAAUAUUCUUCUCUCUGAACCUCUUUGAUUCUUCUCCUUUGUGGGUAAACUAUCUGGAUUCUGCUUUUUUUUAAGCUCUGGACUAGCAUCAGCUUUAGUUCAAAAAGCAUCUGUUUUUGCGUUUAAGGUUUACUUGACUACUAGUAUUUAGUGUUUCGAUUUGACUUAGAUAAAAAAAAAUCUCAACUUUUAGUUGUUUAGGCCCCUGGAUGAUUUUGUAACUCUGAAUUUAGGGUCUUUGUUGGAUAUUUCUUACAUACGAAGCAAAUUUUGUGUAUUUUUCGUAAAAGCUGGUACCUUUUUGCAAUGUGUGCGUUUUAAGAAUCCUGGGUUUUGUUAGAUUUUCAUUGAUGUACAAGUUGAUUCUUACUUUCAUCAUUUCCUACUACUUAUUUUGUAUACUUGAAUGUGAAUAAGUUCCUUUUUUGUCUAUAUCUGUGUUCUGGUUGGAAAGUUCCGAUUUUUAUCUGUUGGAUGUUUAUCUCUCUGUUUGCUUCGUCUAAUGCUUUAUUUGCUAAGCUGUGAUUUGAGUUUUUCGGAUGAAGCUAAUAUCUUUCUGUAUAAUGGUUUUUACGCAGUCUCCUUUGUCUGGCUUUGAAGUUUUGAUAGAUUUCUGAUUAGUAACGAAUGGGAAAGAGAUUAAAGAAGGGUCAAAAGCCUCCAUAUCUGUGGUUGCCUCCAACGGUCUCUAAGAAGGUAACUAAGCAAUCUGAGCACAGCGUGGAGGUAACUGAGGAGGUUGUGACAGUGCCGGAAAAAAGAUCUUGUGUCCAUUUUGAUAAAUUUGUUGAUUUGGAUAAGCUGUUGAAAAAGAUUAAAUCCUCUCAACAAAUCAAGUGUGGAGAAUGCAAGGAAGGAGUGCACGUGAAGAGAGGAAGUAAAGCGAGUAUUAGUAGCGGGAUAUACUGGUUUUCUUCUUCUGACCAGAAGUGUGCUAAAAAGGCUAUUUGGGUUUGUUUGGAAUGUGGCUAUUAUGUUUGUGGAGAUGUUGGUUUACCGACUGGGGCUCAGAGUCAUGUUAUGCGGCACUUCAGGUUGACGCGUCACCGUUUGGUGAUUCAAUGUGAAAAUCCUCAGUUAAGAUGGUGUUUCUCAUGCCAAUCACUUGUCCCUUUUGAAAAAGAAGAGAAUGGUGAGAAGAAAGAUUUGUUGCUGGAAGUCGUGAAAUUGAUUAGAGAACGAUCUCCAAACACGUUCUCCGCUUCAUUUGAAACUGAAUAUUCAUGUUCAGGAAGUGGUAAUAUCACUGGUGGUAGUUUCACUGGUGGUAUAGAAGCAAGAGAUGGUUAUGCUGUAAGAGGUUUAGUUAACCUUGGGAACACAUGUUUCUUUAAUUCUGUAAUGCAGAGCCUUCUCUCUUUGGAUCAAUUACGUGAGCACUUCUUGAAAGAUGAUCUAUCUGUUAGCGGGCCUCUCGUUUCUUCCCUGAAGAAAUUAUUUGCUGAAUCAAAAUCAGAGGCAGGCUUUUUUAGGAGUGCGAUAAAUCCAAGAGCCCUUUUCGUUUCUGUCUGUUCUCAGGCUCCUCAAUUUAGGGGAUAUCAGCAGCAUGACAGUCAUGAGUUGCUUAGAUGUUUGUUGGAUGGUCUGAGCAUUGAAGAAUCGAGCCUGAGGAAGAAGCUUGGUGUUUUUGAUAGUAAUGACAGUUCUACAUAUCAGAAACCUACUCUCAUAGAUUCUGUAUUUGGAGGUGAAAUUUCGAGCACUGUUUCUUGUUUGGCAUGCGGGCAUUUCUCAAAAGUGUAUGAACCCUUUUUGGAUCUCUCUUUACCUAUUCCGUCCAAGAAACUUCCUCCUAAAAAGCAACGAAUCGUUUCUCUGGCAAAGGAGGUCCUUAAGAAUGGGGCAGUCGGCAAAGAUUCAGAAGUUGGGUCAGCUAAACCUGCAUCGGAUCACAAUUUCACUGUUUCCAACCCUUCUGCUAUGGCCCUUAUUGAUAAGCAGGUCUCUGAUAUCACAACAGAAUCUGAUACCGAACAAUACGAACUUGAUAAAUUUUGGUCGGAUUUGGACUUGCUAGGUGAUGUUAGUGAUACCGCCCCAUCAACCAAGGCUAAAGGAGUUAAUCAGACUUUGGUAGGUAGCACAGAAACGCUGAUGCAUGAUAAUGAUGUAACUGCAAAACCAGAAACUGUACCAGAUAAAGAAGAAUCACGAGCUACGCAAUCUAAUGAAGACACAUCUGCAAGUGGGAUUUCCGCAGUGAUAGAUGAGGCUCAAGUUUUCCGUUCUCCUGAUUUUGAGAAAAGUUCUUCAUCUGCAAAUCAGUGGGCUGAUGAAGAGCUUCCCUUGAUGGUUCCAGAUUCUCAGGUUCUGUAUAUGCCUUACAAAGAUCAUUUAUCCUAUGAUGAUAAUACAGUUGCAGAAGGUAAGGAUGGGGCUUUCUUGUCAUAUGUCAGCGGCCCCCAUGAACAAAUCGAAGAUCAUUUUGACUGUAACGCUGAUGAACCUGGCAUCUCCUCUAUUAAUAUAACAGAUAGGGCAGGUGAGGGCGAAGCUUCCUCGUCAUUCGUGAGCGGUGACCAUGAACCAAAAAUAGACUAUAUUGACUUUAGCAGUUUUUUUGAUGAGCCUGAGAUACCCGAAGGACCUGUUUUUAGACUGCUAUCUAAAGCUGAAGUUUCUGAAGCUGGUUUUAUGGCUGACAGCAGUAAUGAUAAAACAGUUAGUGCAGGUAAGGGUGAAGCUUCCUCGUCAUUCGUAAGCAGUGACCAUGAACAAAACAUAGAUUAUGUGGACUUUGCCAGUUUUUUUGACGAGCCUGAAAUAUCGGAAGGGCCUUAUUUUCGACCAUUAUCUAAAUCUGAAGUUUCUGAAGCUGGUUUUAUGGCCGUCAGCAGUAAUGAUAAAACAGUUAGGGCAGGUAAGGGUGAAACUUUUUCGUCAUUCAUGAACGGUGACAAUGAAAGAAACAUAGAUUAUGAAUCUAUUAACAGUUUAUUUUACGACCGUGAGACAUCUGAAAGACCUGUUUUUGGACCACCAUCUAAAGCUAAAGUUUCUGAAGCUUGUUUUAUGGCUGUCAGCAGCGACUCUGAUCCUGCAGUUCUUGAUGAUUCGGAUUCACCAGUGUCUGUAGAUAGGUGUUUGGCUCAGUUCACCAAGCCUGAGAUUUUGUCAGAAGACAAUGCUUGGCAUUGUGAGAAUUGUUCGAAGAACCUAAAACUUGAGCGGUUGAGAGAAAAGAGAAAAACUGAAAGAUUGAGCAAAGGAUGGGUGAAUGAAAAUGGAGCUAGUUCGGUUUUUGAUGAGUGUAGAGACAAUUCAUUAAGUCAAUCCUGUAUAGAUCCCGAAAACGGGUAUAAAGCUGCUCCUCCGAUCACAGAAUUGCCAAACUGCAAGGAAGAGGAAAACGCAAUAGAUGAUGGAAUUCUGGGAGACUCAGAUCCAAAGCAAGCUCCAAUUACUUCUUCUGUUACUGAAACUCCUAUCCUCGGUGGAGAAACCAUCAGUUCUCAACCAGCCAACGACAAUGAAUGUGAAAACUGGGAAGACUUGGCAGUAGAUUCUGAGAAAGUGAUAGUAAAAAGAGCUGCUACUAAAAAGGUACUUGUAAACAAGGCACCACCUGUCUUGACCAUUCAUCUCAAAAGGUUCAGCCAAGAUGCUCGAGGCAGAAUAAGCAAGCUAAGUGGCCAUGUUGAUUUCCAAGAGUUCAUUGAUCUUAGCCAAUAUAUGGAUACCAGGUGCUCCGAAGAAGACCAGCCGGUUUACAGGUUGGCCGGGUUAGUGGAGCAUUUAGGGACAAUGAGAGGAGGUCAUUAUGUUGCUUACAUUAGAGGAGGCCACAAGGAGAUGAGGCAGUCUGAUAUUAAAGAACCAAACUCAUCCAUAUGGUAUCACGCAAGCGAUUCUUUUGUUCGACGGGCUUCUUUGGAAGAAGUUCUCCGUUCUGAAGCGUAUAUCUUAUUUUACGAACGAAUCUGAGAACCUAGAGACUGGAAAUCUUUUGUUUUUUUUUGCUCUUUCUAUAAUACAAGUUAAAAGGUCAAGAUAGGUUUGACGUUCUUCACAAUUUGUGCUGGUGAAUUUGACUCUCUUGACAAUUGAGUUAAAAAAAGUUAUAACAUUUUGCCUUGUUUGAAAA